AUGGAUCCACAUCGCAUCUACAGGGAUUUCGCCUCGGACGUACUGGUGAAUAUCCUGGGGCGCCUCCCGCCCAAAACCCGCCGCCGGCUCCGCCUCGUCUGCCGGCACUGGCGCCACAUCGUCGACAGGCGCACGCCCACGGACAUGCGGAGCCGCGCCAAGACACUGGUCGUCGCCACCGGCUCUGCGUACGUCCUCAACGACCUAUCAGCUCCGGGCAAGAUCAGAGGGCUGUGGUCCAACUUCCACACGGCACGCCGUUUCCUGGCCAUGAGCGUGGUCGGCACCUGCAAUGGCCUCGUCUGCCUCUGCGACGGCCGGGAGCCCGGCGGCGCCAUCACCGUGGCCAACCCUGUCACCGGCGAGGCUCUGACCAUCCCGCCGCUGCCCAUGCCACCACCCUGCACCGUCACCAAUGAGCAGGACAUAGGCUCGAACAGUACUAACCUCUGGCACCAGGCGUACAGCUUCGUGUACCUCCAGACCACGGAGCGAUAUAAGAUCGUGCACGUCCCGUGCCAGGUAGACCGGUUCGUGUUCGACGCGGUGCACAUGUUCACGCUGGGUGAGCCGUCGUGGCGGGCCAUUCCGGUCGGCCCCGCCACAAGAUGCGACCCCGGCCAUGGCGUUGUCAGCGUCGACGCCGCCUCCGCCACCGCCACGUAUUGGGCCACGCCAGAGGGGACAGCGAAGGUCAUGUCGUUCGACCUCGAGGACGAACGCGUCACAUCCAUUAUGCCACUGCCGUCCGUGUUGUCCAACCCCAAAGAGGGCAGCAGUUGGCACCUCGCAGAGGUGCAGGGGAGGCUGGGCAUCGUCGUUCGCCGCGUAUCAUCGUUGAAGACGGAGGUGUGGGUCAUGGAGGAUUCUUGA